CGGGUAGUGUGGAGCGUCUUGUUGCUUUUUUUUCUUCUUCUGCUGAUGUUCGCGUAUUGAAAUGGAGCCGCUCCACCGGACUGACAAAGACUGACUGAAGCUCUACGAUGCCUGUGGCCUCCACCAGGACAGAACCGGCGCCCCAAGUGGUGGACGCCAUGAGUGACAGCACCACCAGCUCCACCACAGCCAAUGACCUGGACCUCAUCUACCUCAAGGGCAUCAUGGAGAGUCCUCUGGAGCAGGAGGAGAGCCUGAAGGAGCCUCGUCUGUCACCUGUGAGGGACAACAACGUGGAACUCCUGCAGGAGAUCCUCAAAGACCUGGACCCCUUCACACACCAGUCAGACACUGCAGCUGAACUGGCACAAAUACUGACACAGCCCCACUUCCAGUCUCUUCUGGAGACUCACGACUCAGUGGCAUCCCAGGCCUGUGAAAGUCCCCUGCCCAGCCCAUGUGACUUUGUGGAUCAUGAACAAGAGGACGGACUCCCAAACAAUCCCCACCCCCCUCCUGAUGCCAUCCGGAUGGUGGGCAUCCGUAAGGUGGCCGGGGAGCACCUGGGGGUGACCUUCAAAGUGGACAGUGGUGAGCUGGUCAUAGCCCGUAUCCUCCACGGUGGAAUGGUGGAUCAACAGGGGCUGCUCCACGUUGGAGACAUCAUCAAGGAGGUAAACGGGCGAGAGGUGGGCCGGGACCCCCGAGUUCUGCAGGAGGAGCUACAGGCCACCAGUGGAAGUGUGGUUCUGAAGAUUCUACCCAGCUACCAUGAAGCCAUACCGCCACGACAGGUCUUCUUUAAGUGUCACUAUGACUACGACCCAGCCAAUGACAACCUAAUUCCAUGUAAGGAGGCGGGGCUACGAUUUGAGACUGGAGAUAUCCUGCAGAUCGUUAACCAGGACGACGUCAACUGGUGGCAGGCCCGACAUGUGGAGGGUGGAAACACAGGUCUGAUCCCCAGUCAGAUGUUAGAGGAGAAGAGGAAAGCCUUCGUCAAGACAGAUGUGGAGCUGGCACCAACAGGAAACCUCUGCACUGGUGUUGGAGGCAAGAAAAAGAAGAAAAUGAUGUAUGUGACCACAAAAAACGCAGAGUUUGACCGACAUGAGAUUUUGCUCUACGAGGAGGUCGCCAAAGUUCCACCUUUUAAGAGGAAAACUCUGCUUCUGAUCGGGGCCCAAGGUGUCGGCAGACGAAGACUAAAGACGCAACUGCUCCUCAGAGAUCCUCAACUCUUUGGCACCACCAUUCCAUACACCUCCAGAAAACCGAAAAAGGGAGAGCGGGAGAGUCGGAUGUACGCUUUCACCAGCCGAAGCAAAAUGGAGACUGAUAUCAAGAACGGCCGCUACCUGGAACACGGAGAGUACGACGGCAGCUUAUACGGGAUCAAGAUGGACUCCAUCCACGAGGUGGUGGAAGCAGGACGAGUCUGCAUCCUGGACGCCAACCCUCAGUCUCUUAAAGUGUUGCGGACCUCGGAGUUCCUGCCCUACGUGGUCUUUCUUCAGUCUCCAGACUUCGAGGUGCUCAAAGCCAUGAACCACUCUGCUGUGGAGGCCGGCGUCGUCACCAAGACGCUGACAGAUGAAGAGCUGCAUCGAACGUGCAACGACAGCGCCAAAAUCCAAGUGGCCUACGGUCACUACUUCGACCUGACCAUCGUCAACGGCAACCUGGACGAGACCUACCGCACCGUCAAAGCCGCCCUGGAAACAGUGUCCAAAAACCCCCAGUGGGUCCCGGUCACCUGGGUUUUCUAAGAACAGGACCAAGGACCCCACUGUUCUAAACGGACGGUCUUAUCGUUUUGUCUUUCAAUCACAAAACGGGAUCAGUUCUGGUUUAUUUUCUUAAAGUGUGUUAAUAGAGCGAAGAGAUGAAAGGAAGAUGGGACAAGAAAGAACGAGUGUAAGGCAACAAAACAAGGAGGGGUUUUAUGGAAAAGUCCAACGAUGUGUUGAAUGUCAGUAAUUCCAAACGUUCCAUGGGCACAAACAGAACUGUGUGUGGAAGCAUGUGACCCUGGACACGUUUUUGUACAUCUACAUGUCAAUUAUUGGUGCCAUUACUGAUGACCAUCAGCAGACUGUCACUGUUUACAUUUCAUUUAGUCAGUCGGUGGUCAUGGUCACAGAGGCUGAACCUGAGAAUCCCACCAGACAAACGGUCUUCAGAGCGUGUCUGUGGUUCGUCAGAGCCAACAUUUUAGUCGCAGUGUGAAGCAUUAAUAAUAGUGAAGCUGCUGAAGAGGUGGGUUUCCUCUGGUUCUCACAGUGUUGGAAUUCCACUCCACAGUAGUCGCUUUUCCAUCCGACAUCUGUGCAAAACUGUACCCAUAUUUACCUCCACCAGGAGGUACUGUGAUCACUUUGCUUUGUGUGUGUGUGUGUGUGUGUGUUUGUUUGU